GCGAACGUCCUAAUAUUUUUUUCUUAUCAUUGAAAGUUCUAAUAAUUGAAGGCUUAAAACCCUAAAGAUGAUAGCCUAAUCACUCUGAUUUUGAAAUUAGAGCUAAAUUGAACACCGCCGAUAUCAGCAGAUCAGCCACUUUAAAAAUCUCUUCGUUUUCCCCUAGAAAGAGGAAAAAGAAAAAAGGGAAUUUCUUUUUUUUUCCCGAAUUUUUGUUAUAUAUUUGGUUCUCAUUUAGCCGCCCUUUUCAAAGCUCUAAUCAUGGCUUUAAUCGUUGUUUCACGUCUCGUGUUCGAUUCCUUACAAACGCUACGAAAACCCCUCUCUUUUUCUUUAUAAAAAGGGGGAAAAAGUUUCGACUUUCAUUUUUACUCUUGUUUUUUUUUUUUUUUUUUGGUUUUCUGUUUCUUCUUGUUCUUCGUAUUGUUGCUCUCUGGCUUGGCUUGACCCUCGAAAUGGCUGCUCAAGAACAGUUAUCCGCCAUUAAGAGGGCGAAAGUGCUUAUGGUAGGGGCAGGAGGGAUUGGCUGUGAGCUUCUCAAGACUCUUGCUCUCUCUGGGUUUCAAGAUAUUCAUAUUAUUGACAUGGAUACUAUAGAAGUCAGCAACCUGAAUAGACAAUUUUUGUUCCGACAAUCCCAUGUUGGUCAGUCUAAGGCCAAGGUUGCUAGAGAUGCAGUCUUAAGGUUCAGGCCCAACAUAAGCAUUACACCAUACCAUGCUAAUGUUAAGGAGUCUCGCUUCAAUGUUGAUUUCUUUAAAGAGUUUGAUGUUGUGUUGAAUGGGUUGGAUAACUUAGAUGCAAGGCGCCAUGUAAAUCGUCUUUGUUUGGCGGCUGAUAUCCCAUUGGUUGAAAGUGGGACAACAGGGUUCUUGGGACAGGUUACUGUACAUUUGAAAGGAAAAACUGAGUGCUACGAGUGUCAGCCAAAACCUGCCCCAAAGACUUAUCCUGUUUGUACAAUAACAAGCACUCCAUCAAAGUUUGUUCAUUGUAUUGUAUGGGCAAAGGACCUGCUUUUUGCAAAGUUGUUUGGGGACAAGAAUCAGGAAAAUGAUUUGAAUGUGCGCUCUAGUGAUACUGCAAACUCGUCUGAACAUUCAGAAGAUGUAUUUGAAUGUAGAAAAGACGAAGAUAUCGAACGAUAUGGAAGAAGAAUAUAUGAUCAUGUAUUUGGUCAUAACAUAGAAGUUGCUCUAUCUAAUGAAGAAACGUGGAAAAACCGUAACAAACCACGGCCUAUAUAUAGUAAAGAUGUCCUGCCUGAGAAACAAACUAAAGAGAAUGGGAACAAGGAAAAGGGUUGUGCAGCUGAUGAUGUCUCUGCCAUGGUGUCUCUGAGCUUGAAGAAUCCUCAGGAUAUAUGGAGCCUUGUAGAAAAUUCAAGAGUUUUCCUCGAGGCUUUGAGAUUAUUUUUCUUGAAGAGAGAAAAGGAUAUAGGAAACCUUACUUUCGAUAAAGAUGAUCAGUUGGCCGUGGAAUUUGUGACUGCUGCUGCAAAUAUCCGGGCUUCUUCUUUUGGGAUUCCUUUACACAGUCUUUUUGAAGCUAAAGGAAUUGCUGGUAAUAUUGUGCAUGCUGUUGCUACAACAAAUGCUAUCAUAGCUGGAUUGAUCGUGAUUGAAGCAAUUAAGGUUUUACAAAAGGAUAACAACAAUUAUAGGAUGACAUAUUGUCUAGAACAUCCUUCAAGAAAGUUGCUUCUAAUGCCUGUAGAACCCUAUGAACCUAACAGAUCUUGCUAUGUUUGUUCAGAGACACCAGUAUCGCUUGAGGUUAAUACUCAACGUUCUAAGUUGCGGGAUUUUGUUGAAAAGAUUAUUAAAGCCAAACUUGGUAUGAACUUUCCUCUAAUUAUGCAAGGGGCAAGCAUUCUUUAUGAAGUUGGCGAAGAUCUUGAAGAGGAUAUGGUAGCGAUUUAUGCUGCAAACCUUGAGAAAGCAUUAUCUGAGCUUCCUUCUCCAGUUACUAGUGGGAGUGUUCUUACCGUCGAGGAUCUGCAACAGGAGUUCUCAUGCAGUAUCAAUAUCAAGCAUAGGGAAGAAUUUGACGAAGAGAAGGAACCUGAUGGAAUGCUUCUAUCCGGAUGGGUAGAAGCUCCUGUUGAUAAGGAUAAUAAUAAGCCUAUUGGAAAUGACGAAAGUACAUCCAAUGCUUUGCCAUCAGGGGAGACUCUGGAGGGUGAGAAGGAUGAUGAAAUUCAGGAAACUUCGGAAGUGGUUGAAGCUUUUACAGGGAAGAAAAGAAAAUUGUCUGAGGUUUCUGAAGUCACAGCUCCAGAUCCUUCAGGCCCUUCUAGUAUAAAUCAAAAUAAACCCAAAAAGCUUGAUAUUGAUGAUGAGGCCGAUGAACUCAUUAUAUCCGAUGAUUGGGAAUCACUCACCAAGAAGAAAAAGUUGUAACAUGUUUUACAUCUUCUAGGGACAUAUCAUCUCACCUCUGAUUUGAUAAUUGUUAAGAAGACUAAAUGGUGAUUCUUUUGGAGGCCGUGUUAGGACAGUCUAUAGUUUUUUGCUCGAUUAGAUGUUACUAACUGUUAUGUUGAUUCCGUUUUUGUGGUUUACUAUUGUGACAAAAAUGCCUAGUCAUCUAGUUAUUAUCUUUUAACCAAGGGCUUGUAACUGCAAGUAUUCAGAUUUUAAAACCAAUGUGAAAUGAAAAUUAUUAAUGGAA